AUGGCUCAAUUAUCUGUUCCAAUUACUCCACCAAUGGAAUCUACUGGUGAUGUAUUGAUGACUUUGGAAACCCAAGAUGGUAUUGCCCUUCAAGGGUAUUCCUUUGGGGCAGCAAAACCAGCUGCUGGUGAAGUUGUUUUCCAAACUGGUAUGGUUGGUUACCCUGAAUCCAUCACUGAUCCUUCUUAUGAAGGUCAAAUCUUGGUUAUUACUUAUCCAUUAGUUGGUAAUUAUGGUGUUCCAGAUCGUGAUUUACUCGAUGAUGAUUACCAACCUGCAUUACCUAAAUAUUUUGAAUCCAAUAAAAUCCAUAUUGCUGGAUUAGUUGUUGCUCAUUAUACGGAAGAAUAUUCUCAUUGGUUAGCUAAAUCUUCUUUAGGUAAAUGGUUACAAGAACAAGGUAUUCCUGCUAUUUAUGGAGUUGAUACUAGAUCAUUAACUAAAAGAUUAAGAGAAAAAGGGUCAACUUUAGGUAGAUUGGCCAUUCAAAAAUCUGAUUAUAAAUCAGAAGAAAUCAUUUCUCAAUCUAAUUUAAAUCCUCAAAAUUGGGAGAAAUUUUUUAAUGUACCUGAAUUUGAUGAUCCAAAUGUGAAAAAUUUGGUGGCUAAAGUAUCUACUGAUAAACCAAUUUUAUAUACUCCAGAAAAAACUGGUAAUAACACUAAUAAUAAUAUUAAAUUGGGUAAAAAUGGUAAACCAAUUAGAAUUCUUGCUAUUGAUGUUGGGAUGAAAUAUAAUCAAAUUAGAUGUUUUGUUAGAAGAGGAGUUGAAUUAUUGGUUGUUCCAUGGGAUUAUGAUUUCAUCAAUGAACAAUAUGAUGGGUUAUUUAUUUCAAAUGGUCCUGGUGAUCCAGCCGUUAUGGAUAAAACCGUAGAAAAAUUACAAAAAAUCCUUAAAGAUGGUAAAACUCCAAUUUUCGGUAUUUGUUUAGGUCAUCAAUUAUUAGCAAGAGCUACUGGUGCUUCCACUUUGAAAUUGAAAUUUGGUAAUCGUGGUCAUAAUAUUCCUUGUACUUCUACUAUUUCUGGUAGAUGUUAUAUCACUUCUCAAAAUCAUGGUUAUGCCGUUGAUACUACUACUUUAUCUAAUGGUUGGAAAGAAUUAUUUGUUAAUGCCAAUGAUGGAUCAAAUGAAGGUAUUUAUCAUGAAUCCAAGCCAUUUUUCUCAGUUCAAUUCCAUCCAGAAUCUACUCCAGGGCCAAGAGAUACCGAAUUCUUAUUUGAUGUUUUCAUUAAAUCCGUGGUUGAUUUUAACCAAUCUGGUGGUAUUUAUAAACAAGUUGAAUUCCCUGGUGGUAAAUUGAUUGAUAAUAGAAUUGCUCAUCCUAAAGUUGAUGUUAAAAAAGUUUUGGUUUUAGGAUCUGGUGGGUUAUCUAUUGGUCAAGCUGGUGAAUUUGAUUAUUCUGGUUCUCAAGCCAUUAAAGCUUUAAAAGAAGAAGGUAUUUAUACAGUUUUAAUCAAUCCAAAUAUUGCCACAAUUCAAACUUCAAAAGGUUUAGCUGAUAAAGUUUAUUUCUUACCAGUUACUCCAGAAUUUGUUAGAAAAGUUAUUAAACAUGAAAGACCCGAUGGUAUUUAUUGUACUUUUGGUGGUCAAACUGCUUUAAGUGUUGGUAUUGCCUUGAAAGAUGAAUUUGAAAGUUUAGGUGUCAAAGUUCUUGGUACCCAAAUUGAUACUGUCAUUACCACUGAAGAUAGAGAAUUGUUUGCUUCUGCCAUGGCAGAAAUUAAUGAAAAAUGUGCUAGAUCUGAAGCUUGUAAUACCGUUAGUGAAGCCAUUGAUGCUGCCAAUGCUAUUGGUUACCCAUUAAUUGUUAGAGCUGCUUAUGCCUUGGGUGGGUUAGGUUCAGGUUUUGCUGAUAACGAAGAAGAAUUAGUGAGUCUUUGUAAUAAAGCAUUUGCUACUUCUCCUCAAGUUCUUGUUGAAAGAUCCAUGAAAGGUUGGAAAGAAGUUGAAUAUGAAGUUGUUCGUGAUGCCUUUGACAAUUGUAUUACUGUUUGUAAUAUGGAAAAUUUUGAUCCAUUGGGUAUUCACACUGGUGAUUCCAUUGUUGUUGCUCCUUCACAAACUUUGUCUGAUGAAGAUUAUAACAUGUUGAGAACUACUGCCGUUAAUGUUAUUAGACAUUUGGGUGUGGUUGGGGAAUGUAACAUUCAAUAUGCUUUAAACCCAUUUUCCAAAGAAUAUUGUAUUAUCGAAGUUAAUGCUAGAUUAUCUCGUUCUUCAGCUUUAGCUUCUAAAGCUACCGGUUAUCCAUUAGCUUAUACUGCUGCCAAAUUGGGUCUUAACAUUCCAUUGAAUGAAAUUAAAAAUUCCGUCACCAAAUCAACUUGUGCUUGUUUCGAACCAUCAUUAGAUUAUUGUGUGGUUAAAAUUCCAAGAUGGGAUUUGAAAAAAUUCACUCGUGUUUCCGCCCUUUUAUCUUCAUCAAUGAAAUCUGUUGGUGAAGUUAUGGCCAUUGGUAGAACUUUUGAAGAAGCUAUUCAAAAAGCCAUUAGAUCUACUGAUUAUCACAACUUGGGUUUCAACAAGACUGCAGCAUUAAUGUCAAUUGAUAUUGAUCAAGAAUUACAAACACCAUCAGACCAACGUUUGUUUGCCAUUGCUAAUGCCUUAUCAGAUGGUUAUUCAGUUGAUAAAGUUUGGAAAUUAACCAAUAUCGAUAAAUGGUUCUUGAAUAAAUUGGAUGGGUUAAUUAAAUUUGGUAAUAAAAUUGCUUCUUAUGGUGCUAAAGAAGAUGUACCAAUGUCAAUUUUAAGACAAGCUAAACAAUUGGGAUUCGAAGAUAGACAAAUUGCCAAAUUCUUGGGAUCCAAUGAAGUUGCCAUUAGAAGAUUAAGAAAAGAUGCUGGGAUUAUUCCAUUUGUUAAACAAAUCGAUACUGUUGCUGCUGAAUUCCCCGCUUUCACCAAUUAUUUAUAUGUCACUUAUAAUGCUGAUUCUUCCGAUGUUAAAUUUGAUGAUAAUGGUGUUAUUGUUCUUGGUUCUGGGGUUUACAGAAUUGGUUCUUCAGUUGAAUUUGAUUGGUGUGCCGUUAGAGCCAUUAGAACUUUACGUGAAAACAAUGUGAAAACAGUUAUGAUCAAUUAUAACCCUGAAACUGUUUCCACCGAUUAUGAUGAAGCCGACAGAUUAUAUUUCGAACCUAUCAAUUUGGAAAGAGUUUUGGAUAUUUAUGACUUGGAACAAUCUUCCGGAGUUAUUAUUUCUAUGGGUGGUCAAACAUCAAAUAAUAUUGCCUUACCAUUGUACAGACAAAAUGUCAAGAUUUUGGGUACUUCUCCAGAAAUGAUUGAUUCUGCUGAAAAUAGAUACAAAUUUUCAAGAAUGUUGGAUAGAAUUGGAGUUGAUCAACCAGCUUGGAAAGAAUUGACUUCUAUUGAUGAAGCUGAAGAUUUUGCCGAAAAAGUUGGUUACCCAGUUUUGGUACGUCCUUCAUAUGUUUUAUCAGGUGCUGCUAUGAACACAGUUUAUUCUAAAGAUGAUUUAGCUUCAUAUUUGGGUCAAGCCGUUGAUGUUUCACCAGAUUAUCCUGUGGUUAUCACGAAAUAUAUUGAAAAUGCUAAAGAAAUUGAAAUGGAUGCCGUUGCCAAAGAUGGUAAGAUGGUCAUGCAUGUUGUUUCUGAACACGUUGAAAAUGCUGGUGUUCAUUCUGGUGAUGCUACUUUAAUUGUUCCACCACAAGAUUUAGAUCCAGAAACUGUUAGAAGAAUUGUCGAAGCUACAGCCAAAAUUGGUAAAGCUUUGGAUAUUACUGGUCCUUACAAUAUUCAAUUCAUUGCUAAAGAUAAUGACAUUAAAGUCAUUGAAUGUAAUGUCAGAGCUUCAAGAUCAUUCCCAUUUGUUUCUAAAGUCGUGGGUGUUGAUUUGAUUGAAAUGGCCACUAAAGCUAUGAUGGAUUUACCAAUUGUUCCAUAUCCAGGUGAAAGAUUACCAGAAGAUUAUUGUGCAGUCAAAGUACCCCAAUUUUCAUUCUCAAGAUUAGCUGGUGCUGAUCCUGUUUUAGGGGUUGAAAUGGCUUCCACGGGUGAAGUUGCUACUUUUGGUAAGAACAAAUAUGAAGCUUAUUUGAAAUCAUUGAUUUCUACUGGAUUCAAAUUACCAAAGAAAAACAUUUUGUUUUCUAUUGGAUCAUUCAAAGAAAAACAAGAAUUAUUACCAAGUAUUGCUAAAUUGCACGAAUUGGGUUACAAAAUUUUUGCUACUGCCGGUACUGCUGAUUUCAUUAAGGAACAUGGUAUCCCAGUUCAUUAUUUGGAAGUUUUGAGUAAAGAUGAAGACCAAAAAUCAGAAUACAAUUUGAGUCAACAUUUAGCUAACAAUUUGAUUGACUUAUAUGUCAACUUGCCAUCGGCCAAUAGAUUCCGUCGUCCAGCUUCUUAUAUGUCUAAAGGUUAUGAAUCUCGUCGUAUGGCAGUUGAUUAUGCUGUUCCAUUGGUGACCAAUGUUAAAAACGCUAAAUUAUUAGUUGAAGCUAUUGCAAGAAAUAUUUCUUUGGAAGUUUCCAAUAGAGAUGCUCAAACUUCUCAUGGUACAGCUAUUUUACCUGGAUUGAUCAAUAUUACUUCAUUUGCUACUUCAUUCGAUGAUUUUGAACAAACCACCAAAGAAUCAUUAGCUGCUGGGUUCACUUUUAAUGCCUUUUUGCCUCAUACUCAAGCUGGUGCUUCUGUCACUGAUUACAGAAGUCUCAUUGAUGCCAUUGAUGCUGUUGGUGCUAGUGCAUACACCGACUAUUCCGUUUCCAUUGCUGCUUCUGAAACUAAUUCUCAAAGUGUUAGUGAUGCUGCUGAUAAUGCUGGAUCAUUGUUUUUGCCAUUCAAUGAUUUUGCCAAUUCUAAAGUUUCUGCCUUGACGGCUCAAUUUUCAUCAUGGCCAAAUAACAAACCAAUUAUCACUGAUGCCAAAACUACUGAUUUAGCUUCAGUUUUAUUAUUGGCUUCAUUAUACAACCGAUCAAUUCACAUUACUGGUGUUUCUUCUAAAGAAGAUUUGGAUUUAAUCAAAAUGGCUAAAGAAAAAACUUUACAAGUUACUUGUGAUGUUGCUGUCCAUUCAUUAUUCUUAUCUAAAGAUGAAUUGGAUUACCCAUUCUUACCAAAUAAACAAGAUCAAGAAUAUUUGUGGGAAAACUUGAAAGAUGUUGAUUGUUUCUCAAUUGGUGUUUUGCCAUACUUAAUUGCUAAGGCAUCUGGUACUGAGAUUGUUGCCGGUAUGGGAAUUAAAGAAGCGGUUCCAUUGUUAUUAACUGCUGUCAAGACCGGAAAACUCACUAUUGGUGACAUUGUUACUAAAUUCCAUGAUAAUCCAGCUAGAAUCUUCAACUUGCCAAAACAAGAUGCUCAAGUCGUGUUUGAUUUGGAUAGAUUUGCUGACGUUGAACCAGUUUAUCCUGAAUUUUCCAAAUUGAGAUUGAGAGGUGCCGUUGAAAGAGUUUCCUUCCAUAAUGAAACUGUUGUAUUAGAUGGAUCUGUUUUAUCUCAAAUUGCCUUGGGUAAGAAUGAAGUUGUACCAAGAAGUAGAUUUGGAUCCACUGCUGGUAUUCCAGAAUCUCCAAGACUUAAUAACAAGAGAGUUUCAUUCAGCAGUGAUAUGCGUCGUCCAUCAUUGGCACCAACAACUCCAGAACCACAACCAGCAAUUUUUGAAAAAUUAGGUUCGGAAUUAGUUUCUCAACCAAUUGCUGGAUCAUUAGGUGAAAUUGCUGCCUUGAGUGAUUACAUUAGACAUAACAACACUUUCUUAAGAAACAAUAUAAUUUCUGUUAAAGACAUUACCAGAUCAGAUUUGCAUUCAUUAUUCACUGUUGCUCAAGAAAUGAGAUUAGCCGUUGAAAGACAAGGGGUUUUAGAUAUUUUACAAGGUAGAGUUUUGGCCACUAUGUUUUAUGAACCAUCUACUAGAACUUCAACUUCAUUUGAUGCUGCGAUGCAAAGAUUGGGUGGUAGAGUUGUUGCUGUUGAUCAUGGCUCUUCUUCAGUUAAAAAGGGAGAAACUUUACAAGAUACCAUUAGAACUUUGUCAUGUUAUGCUGAUGCUAUUGUGUUGAGACAUCCAUCAGAAGAAUCCGCUGAUAUUGCUGCCAAAUAUUCCCCAGUUCCAAUUAUCAAUGCUGGUAAUGGUACUAAAGAACAUCCAACUCAAGCAUUAUUAGAUUUGUUCACUAUUAGAGAAGAAUUGGGUACGGUUAAUGGUAUCACGGUUACAUUUAUGGGUGAUUUGAAAUAUGGUAGACCAGUACAUUCAUUAUGUCACUUAUUACGUCAUUAUCAAGUUAGAGUUCAAUUGGUGGCACCUAAAGAAUUACAAAUUCCUGCUGAUAUUAGACAACAAUUAAUUGAUAAUAAUAUGUUGAUUGCUGAAUCACAAGAAUUAACUAAAGAAAUUCUUUCUAGAUCAGAUGUUUUAUAUUGUACUAGAGUUCAAGAAGAAAGAUUUGCUGAUAAAGAACAAUAUCAAAGAUUGAAAGAUACUUAUAUUGUUGACAAUAAGAUUUUGAGUAAUGCAAAACAACACAUGUGUGUUAUGCAUCCAUUACCAAGAACUAAUGAAAUUAGAGAAGAAGUUGAUUUCGAUCAAAGAGCUGCAUACUUUAGACAAAUGAGACAUGGUUUAUUUAUUAGAAUGGCCUUAUUGGCAAUGGUUAUUGGUGUUGAUUUUUAA